UCAAAAAAAUUUAAAAACAGCCCAUUAUAAUUUGAAAACAACAAAGUCAGGUUUUAAGAAUUUUUUUUUUCUUCACGAAUUCAUAUCCCUGCGCCGUGCUCUGCGAUGGAGGUCUGAAUGACCUGCGCCAGACCACGAGCAGGCCUUGCGCCUCACCAAUGACGAACGACCAAGAGAUUCCGGCCAACAUGGUGAAGGUUCCGGUGAAUAGCUUUAAGCCUCAAAUCUCUGAGUGCUUGAUUGGGAACGAAACUGGGCCAUUCUCUUCACUGCCAGGAACGAUCAAGAUCGAAGAAGGAAGUCCAAUUUAUCAAGGAUCAAGUUUUGGAGUAGCAGACGCCACGCCACCUUUUGUUCAAGGAAGCAAAGAUGCAUUCCGGUUGCAUGUUAUGCCGUGCACAAUUUCAUUAGAAUGCAAUUAAGGAAUGAUACUUUGUUUCAACAAUUUGAAGACAAGGAUGUUGAUGUGGUAGAUGAAGAAAGCUCAGGGGCGAAUCAAGAAGGGGAAAGCAUGCAUUUGAAUGACAACAAUGUUAUGAAUGAUGUUAGAGACCACAUAGUCGGAUCAAUGUGGCUUGAUUACGUCAAUAACAAUUAGUCUCAAAGUUUAUUGGUUUUCUAGAAUGUUUUAAUGUAGUAUUUAUUAUCUAAGACUUGAAGUUUAAUUUGAUUAUCGAGCAUAUAUGUGUUGUAUUAGCACAUGGAUAUCAAAAUAGUAUGUUUAAGGUUUAAUUUCAUAUGUUUUGUAUAUCUUAAAACAAAUACAUAAUUG